AUGGAUAGCAAUAUUUUCACUGAUUCAUUUGCACUCUUCUCGGUCCAGGCAAUAAAUGUCAAGCAGACCAAUGAAUUUCUCGUUCUAUUUUUGUCAGCCGCAGUAGCCUUGAUACAAGGGGUAAUUGCUCUCCCGAAGGCCACACGACAUCAAAAUUGGCUAGCUCUGCUUUUGUUGAUCCCACUCGCUGGCAUUUUGCGUCAGGAAGCCUCCAUUGACCUUGGAUAUUCCCUCUGGGACGGAACGGUUGGGCGUGUUGCAGAUGUCCCCGUCCACCCCAUCCAACAACUCGCAUCAGAUGCUCUGAAAAGGCACCAGGACAUGGUGGCAGGCCAAUCCAAAACUUUGGAGGCUGCCAUUAAGGAAUAUGAACGCCGAUAUGGCCGAAAGCCUCCUCCUGGAUUUGACGUGUGGUAUAAAGCUGCAACACAGAAAGGAUUUAUUCUCGUCGAUGAGUUCAAUUCGUUAAUGGAAGGGCUGGAGCCAUUCUGGGGGGUCCCUCCCGCUGUGCUUCGUGCCCGUGUGGCUGCAGCAACGCAGAUCUCAGGUUCAAGGCUCAUCCGCUAUUCUGUGAGAAAUCGCAAUCUAAUGGCCGAAAAUGACGGUGAGGCUACUUGGAUUACCAACCAGCUAAGGUUAUGGUUCACUCCUGAAGUAUUGGCUACUGUGCCUGAUAUAAUGUUUGCCCUUAACUUACUUGAUGAGCCAAGGGUCGUGGCUCCCUUUGAUGAAUUAGUGGAGGCUCAAUCUGCAAGUAAACUGAAUGGCUCCGUAGGGCUCUCAAAAUCUUUCUCAGAAACAGUCGGAUUCGAGAAGGCAAAUUCCAACAAUAUGUGGGAUAGCAUGACAUUAUCCUGUGACCCCAAAUCUGCAGCUAGAAAAGGCCCGAGCAGAUUCAGGCUCCCUCACAAGGGGCUGGCCAGCAGUUUCGUCUCCAACACGAGCGUUGCCCACGAUGUCUGCUCCAUGCCAGAUCUCCAGAUCCAACACGGAUUCUUCAUUGCUCCCGAAACGGCAAGUAUAGCACAUUCGAUCGUCCCCAUCUUCUCACAGGCCCGGCCUUCAAGUUUUCAAGACAUUCUUCUGCCGAGUGUAUACUAUGGUGCAAAGCUAGAGCUGCAUGAAUACCAGGAAAGCCAGGAUAUGAAGUGGGAUGAGAAAGAGAAUGUCGUCUAUUGGGCCGGCUCUUCAACAGGGGGGCAUACCAACAUCAAGAACUGGCAUACCUUCCACCGUCAACGACUGGUGCUAGUAACCUCCCACAAUGCUACGAGGGUUAGACUUAUGAAAAAGGUCCCUGGACCCCCCUCGACAGGCGGUAACACCACAUCUACUUGGCGCAUCUAUACAUCUAAGAUGGGACAGAUUGCGUCCAAGAUCAAAAUCCGAAUUUCAGCCGUCAUCCAAUGUGAACAGGAUGCAUGUGAUGCGCAAGAAGCCGCUUUCCGACCAGAUGAAUACCCAAAGGAUGAUUUCAAAGCAAAUUACCGAGCAAGGUAUAAUUUAGAUGUUGACGGCAACGGUUUCAGUGGCCGUUACCUUCGCGGACUCUUGUCCAACUCUGCCAUGAUGAAGCAAACAAUGUUCAAAGAAUGGAUUGAUGAUUGGCUGACGCCUUGGCUCCAUUAUAUACCCGUUAAUAUGGACCUGGUGGAAUUCCCAGAGUUGGUACGGUUUUUCACUUCUGAGCCUGAGGGGCAGGAGAUUGGGAAGAAAAUUGCAAUGGCAAGUAAAGACUGGGCGCAGAAGACAAUUCGGACGCAAGAUCUAACACUUGCGCUUUGGCGGGUGAUGUUGGAAUAUUCACGGAUUAUGAAGGAUGAUAGGGACUCUUUGCAAUGCUGUUCUUGA